AAAUGCGACAACCGAAUGUGUAUUCAUUUUAGCAAACUGUCAGGGGCCCCAUUUCAUUUUUCACAAUUAAUGUGACAGAUAACAUCAAACAAGCUCAACAGUUUUUAUUCUCAGACACGGACAAAAGUGCGUUGAAGAGGAUUUUGUUAAUUACGCUUUCUAUUUUGUUGGCUUGUUAGCGUUUCAGUAGGUGUGUCAUGGAGCUAGCUGGCCAAGCUACCAUCAGAUGCUGUUGACAGCUCUAGAGCUAAAGGGAUUUUAUUUUUUUUACUGAGCUACAUAUAGCAAGUGAUCUGCCUGCGCCUUGUUCCUUCAGCAAGGCCACCGCCUGGCCAGCUGGCUCAUUCUGACUCCUAAGAUCAGGGAAUUGGCUGUACUUGCGACUUUUAGCCAGCCGUUGCUAUUUAGGAUAAUUUGCUCUUGACAGUAGUUCAUAUUUUUUGUCUUAGUGGUAGUCAGACGUUGUUAGGGUUUAACAUGCUGGCCCCUCCGAUUCCAACCAUAAUGCCAGCUCUUCUGGAGAGGCCCAAACUGUCCAAUGCCAUGGCACGGGCAUUGCACAAGCACAUCAUGCGCGAGAGGGAGCGAAAACGCCAAGAGGAAGAAGAAGUUGACAAAAUGAUGGAACAAAAACUGAAAGAAGAGGAAGAGAGAAAGCGCAAGAAAGAGAUGGAGGAGCGCAUGUCUUUAGAAGAGACCAAAGAACAGAUCAUGAAGAUGGGGGAGAAACUGCAAGGCCUGCAAGAAGAGAAGCACCAGCUCUUCCUCCAGCUCAAGAAGGUCCUGCACGAGGAGGAAAAGAGACGGCGGAAAGAGCAAAGUGACAUGACCACGUUAACUUCAGCCACUUACCAGUCUGGCAACAUGGCUGGCCACUCAGGGCAGCACCUACUGAGCAUGCAAGCCAGUCAAGUGAGUCAUGGACGAGUCCUGGGAGAGAGGAGCAAGCAGCUCUUCCAGACUCCAGUCAUUCCUGGUCGUCACUACCAGUCUCAGCAGGGUUUCAGCGCUGGCACCUCUGAGCAUGGGCAAUACUCUGGAGGCCAGGCGGCCCACGGCCCCUACGGUGUCACCCAGACCCAGCACCAAUCCCCCUUCAACCCCGGUCAGCCCGUGCCUGUCAGCUACGCCAGCAGCUCCCAGCUCAGAGGUGCAUCGGCAUUUGCAGGCAUGCCCUACCUGCCUCACCAGCAACAAGGCUAUGCAGUGCCCAGUCAUUUUGUAUCUCAGUCAGGGUACAUCCCCAGUGCUGCAAUUCCCCUGCAGAAACAGCUGGAGCACGCUAACCAGCAAUCCGGCUUCACUGACUCAAGCACGCUGAGAAACAUGCCUCCUCAGGCCCUUCAUGCCAGUGCUGCAGGCCUGCUGCCAACGCCGUCCAUUGCCGUCCAGAUGCCACCCAGCAAGGGUGGACUUCCAUACGCCCAUCCCCCUAGACCAGCCUCCCCAGGGGCCUUCUCUCAUGGGACCCCUCCACAGCCCACACAUGCUGCUUCCUUCCAGAGCUCGCCUCAGCCGGGCCCUCGGAGCGCCUACCUCACCCACAGCCAAUCAGGACAGAGGUUCUACCACCAUGGCAAGUGAGCUCAGACGCCAAGAGAAGAGAUGGAGGAGGAGGAAGAGAAGGCGGCAACUCCGGCAAGUGAACUCAAGUUCCAGGAAUCGAGCAAAGGAGGAGGUGGCGGUAUGUGAGCUCAGAUGCCAGGAGUUGAGCGGAGGAUGAAGAGGAGAAGAUGCACGCGAAAGGCUCCAGGCCACACCUGCUUAGUGAUUGUCAGCUCUAUGCUCAGGGUUGGUGCUUCAGCAGGCUCCAGUAAGCAAUGGGGCUCUCUUUAUUAUCAUCGUACCAUCUGCACGAGCAUGGGACUCUUUAUUUUAUGUGUUUGUUUUUAUUGUUAUUUUUUUCCUGUGGUUUUUGUUCUCUGUGGUUUUAUUCUGUGUAUGUACAGGGUAUAUCAUUUUAACAAAAUGACAAAAGCAGGUCAUUUUUUUGCCAUUUUGAAUGUUUAUUCCGAGUAGUCACUCACAACCAUGCCUAAAGCUAAUAAUGGACUUGUGAUGGUUGCCUGAUGAAGUGCACCUUAAAAUCUCUCGCUUUGUUUUUUUGUUUCCUUUUUAACUCCCGGGAAAAAACGGAUGUAGUCUUAUAUGCUCUUAUCGCUAAAAAUUCAAAUGUUAAGCUAUGUUUUUAAAACACAAUUGUAAAAAAGAAAACAAAUCUAAAUGAAAAACCCUUCUCAGGGCUUCAGUAGGUGUUUGGAUGUCAUGACAAAUGCCCUUACUUUUACUCCUUGAUGCACUUGCACAGUAACACUCACAGCACUCACACACUCAUUCUUUCAAAAAAUGCACCUCUUUGUUACUGACAACACACACAAAAAACCAUGUACUUGUGCAUGUAUUACACAAAUGCACAAUUGCAUAUGAACAUGUAUGAAUGAUAUUUUCAUACACUUUAAUGUUUGUAAGAAGGCGUUUUUAAGGUGUAUUGUUUAGAAAUUUCUACAAAUUAUGAAGAUCACACAAAAGUUACUUUUAUUUUCCGCAAAUGUAUCUUAAAAAAAAGAAUAAAUCCUACAUUUAACUGACGCUGUGUCCCGUCCUUUAGGGGAAAUGACUUUCAACGUUGGUGUAUUAAAUACAUGUAUCUACGUGUACAUGAGGUACAGUGCCUAUACAAAAUCUUAAAACCCCUCGUCAAAUGCCAGGUUUUUGUGAUGUAAAAAAAUCUGAAAGACAAAUGAUAACAUGUACGAGUUCAAAGCUUUAAAGGGAAAAAAAUAAAAAACUUAAAUUUA